CUAAAACAUCUCUCUUCGCUCUCAAAUAUUAUCAGUUAGAUAGAUAAGGAGAGAGAUGUCAAGAGAAAGAGAUAACAAUAAUUACUCAAACAGUGACGAUGAAGAAGAAGAAGAUCUAAUCGGUUCAUGUGAAGAUGAAGAAGAAGAAGACGAUGAAAGAAACGAUUCAAGAAACGUUCUUGAUCCUAGGGUUACAUGGGUUCAAGAAUGGAACCGAGUUUUUCUUCUUGUAAUGGCAGCCGGUUUGUUUAUUGAUCCACUUUUCUUCUACACUCUAUCUAUUAGCAACGGAUGCAUGUGUUUGUUCGUUGAUGGAUGGUUUGCUGCUACACUUACGCUGUUAAGAUGCAUGACGGAUGCGACCCAACUUUGGAAUAUGUGGCUUCAAAUUAGAAUGAGUAGACGCCGGAGAAAUGGUGGCAAGUCAAGUUUACAGGCGGUGGUGAUUCAAUAUUUUAAGGCCAAAAAAGGGUUCUUCUUUGAUUUGUUUGUCAUACUUCCUAUUCCCCAGUUGGUGCUAUGGGUGUUUGUUCCUGCCUUAUUGAAAAGAGGACAUACAACAUCAGUAAUGACAUUAUUUUUAAUCACAUUUCUAUUUCAAUAUCUUCCCAAAAUCUACCAUUCCGUCUGCCUUUUGCGACGAAUGCAAAAGAUGUCGGGAUACAUAUUUGGCACCGUUUGGUGGGGAAUCGCUCUCAACAUGAUCGCCUAUUUUGUUGCUGCACAUGCGGUUGGAGCUUGUUGGUACUUGCUCGGAAUUCAAAGGGCAGCAAAGUGUUUAGAAGCUCAAUGUAUAGAAACAAAUGGGUGUUGGCUAAGAACUUUGGCUUGUGAGAAUCCGGUUUAUUAUGGGACCACAAGCCUAGUUAAACACAAAGCUUGGCUUCUUUGGGGUGAGAAUAAGUCUGCCAGGUCAGCAUGCCUAGAUGGCAGUGACAACUAUGAUUACGGAGCUUAUAAAUGGACAGUUCAGCUUGUAACAAAUGAAAAUCGGCUUGAAAAGGCACUUUUUCCCAUCUUUUGGGGCCUAAUGACUCUAAGCACAUUUGGAAACUUGGAAAGCACAACAGAUUGGUUGGAGAUUGUUUUCAUUAUCAUAGUUUUAACAACUGGUCUCCUAUUAGUCACUAUGCUGAUUGGAAAUAUCAAGGUAUUCCUGCAUGCGACUACGUCAAAGAAACAAGCAAUGCAAUUGAAGAUGAGAAACAUAGAAUGGUGGAUGAGGAGGAGACGAUUGCCACAUGCCUUUCGCCAAAGAGUACGAAACUAUGAACGACAACGGUGGGCAGCAAUGCGUGGUGUCGAUGAAUGUGAAAUGAUUAGGAACCUUCCGGAAGGUCUCCGUAGAGACAUUAAGUACCACCUAUGCUUAGACUUGGUUAGGCAGGUGCCAUUAUUUCAACAUAUGGAUAAUCUCGUGCUAGAGAACAUAUGUGACCGCGUAAAGUCGUUGAUAUUCACCAAAGGUGAAACGAUAACAAAGGAGGGUGACCCUGUCCAAAGAAUGAUAUUCAUAGUAAGAGGUCAUCUCCAAAGUAGUCAAGUCUUACGCGACGGGGUCGAGAGUUGUUGCAUGCUAGGACCGGGUAACUUCAGCGGAGACGAGCUUCUUUCGUGGUGUCUCCGCCGUCCAUUUGUCGAGCGAUUGCCUCCAUCAUCAUCAACCCUAGUAACCCUCGAGACCACAGAAGCAUUUGGACUCGAGGCCAGCGACCUCAAGUAUGUGACACAACAUUUUCGCUACACUUUUAUCAAUGAGAAGGUGAAGAGGAGCGCUCGUUACUACUCACCAGGCUGGCGGACCUGGGCUGCGGUCGCAAUUCAAUUGGCGUGGAGGAGAUACAAGCAUCGACUGACGUUGGCUUCGUUGUCGUUCAUUCGUCCGAGAAGACCAUUGUCGAGGAGUUCUUCGCUUAAGGAAGAUAGGUUGAGAUUGUACACGGCUUUGUUGACUUCACCAAAGCCUAAUCAAGAUGAUUUUGACUUUUAAGAACCUGAUGUUGUUUGAGAUUCGAACUAGACUUGUGGGGAUUGUAUACUUCGAAUGCAAAGUCAAUGUUCUUGUGUCUCGAAAAGAAAGGAAAAAAGAGAAUGGCACUACUAGAUCCCCAAUGUGUAAUAAUAUUGUUGUGUUCAUGUUGUUUUGAUGUGAUAAAACUUCAUUUUUUUGAGUUAUCUCAAACAUUUGAUGCAUAAAUAUAGAGUAGAAAAUUUAAAUAAAAUGGACAUGAAAAUUAAUUUAACUA